GACUUUUGAGGAAAAUCGAUAGGAUGGGAGGCAUUUAACUGGAACUGGGCUUUUGCUUCUAUCGGGCCUGGGCGUUCUGGAAGAUGCGGUGGCUGUGCCUUCCUGCGCUGCGCUAAGAUUGGAAACAUUGGGGGUGCACUUCCCACUUCCCAGUAAUGACGGCGACGGCGACGGCUAUGACGGCGACGGCGUCGUGGAACCUGAUGACGAGCCGGGGCGGUGGCGGCGGCGGAGGGAGGACCGUGCUGAUUACGGGAGUCAGCAAGGGCCUCGGCCAGGCCCUCGCCCUCGAGCUCGCCAAGCGCGGCCACUCCAUCAUCGGCUGCUCCCGCUCCCAAGACAAGCUCGACUCCCUCCGCUCCCUCCUCUCCUCCUCCUCCUCCGACGCCGCCGCCGACUCCCCUCACCUCCUCCUCAACGUCGAUGUCAGAUCAAACAGCAGCGUCGAGGAGCUCGCGCGCGCGGUCAUGGACAAAACGGGCGUUCCCGACAUCAUAGUCAACAAUGCCGGGACCAUCAACAAGAACAACAAGAUUUGGGAGGUCCCGGCGGAGGAGUUCGACGCCGUCAUCGACACCAACGUCAAAGGCAUCGCCAACAUGCUGCGUCACUUUCUCCCUCCCAUGAUUCAGCGCAAGCAUGGCGUCAUCGUCAACAUGUCUUCCGGCUGGGGCAGGUCCGGCGCCGCUCUGGUUGCCCCUUAUUGUGCAUCGAAAUGGGCAGUCGAGGGUUUGACUAAAUCGGUUGCCAAGGAGUUGCCUGAUGGGAUGGCAAUUGUCGCGCUUAAUCCCGGCGUGAUAAACACUGAUAUGCUGGCUUCCUGCUUUGGCGGUUCAGCUUCCCUGUAUCAGGCACCUGAUGCAUGGGCUGUGAAGGCUGCUGCUAUGAUACUGAAUCUUACAGGAGCAGACAAUGGUGCAUCCCUUACCGUGUGAGGAAAUUAUUUACGAUCGACAAUUUUGCGUUGACCUUGGGAGAUGACAACGACUGUUGAAUCCACUGGAGCAGCCAAAUAGACUUGCCAAUCUUGAAACUAGUCAUAGGUUUAUCCUCACUCAUCGGACAAUUUGCCAGUCAGUGGUGAGGGUAUAAUCCUCGUUAGCUUGUAAUUGUAUAAAUUGGACUUAUAUCACUCCAUUUUAAUCUCAUUUGGUUUUAGCAUCUA